CGCCGCUGCCCGGCGGGGCCUGGGAACGGGAUGGACCGCUGAGGCCCCGCCCAGACGGACCUGGCCGAGGGGCGCCGGGUCGAGGCGAACGGAGCCGAACAGAAGCGGGUCGAGCCGAACGUAGCCGAACGCAACCGAGCGCAGCCGAUUCGAACCGAGGUUGAGGGCCGAGCGACGCCGCUCGUCUCUAGCCCCGGGACCGCCCGCGGUGCCUCAUGGCCGGGAAGAAACGGAUCGUGGUGUUCGGAGCGACCGGGGCUCAGGGCGGGAGCGUGGCCCGGGCUCUGCUGGAAGAUGGGACCUUCGGGGUCCGUGCGGUGACACGGAGGCCCAGGAAGAAGGCGGCCAAGGAGCUGAAGCAGAGGGGAGCUGAGGUGGUGAAGGCAGAUCAGGACGAUGAGCCGUCACUGGAGCUGGCUUUGUCAGGUGCUUAUGGAGCCUUUGUUGUAACCGACUUCUGGGAGCACUGCAGCAAAGAGAAAGAAAUUGCACAGGGAAAGCGGCUUGCUGACCUGUCAAAGUGCCUCGGUCUGCGCCACGUCAUCUACAGUGGCCUGGAGAAUGUGAAGCAGCUGACGGGGGGCCAGCUGGAGGUGCCCCACUUUGACGGCAAAGGUGUGGUGGAGGAGUAUUUCCAUAAAAUCGGUGUUCCCACCACAAUCAUCCGACUGCCAUUCUACUUUGAGAAUUUCCUCUCCAUCUUCAAGCCGCAGAAGGUCCCACAGGGACAUGCCUUUGUCCUGGGGCUGCCCAUGGGGGACACCCCCAUGGACGGGAUGGCAGUAGAGGACCUCGGGCCUGUUGUUCUUUGCCUGCUGAAGUCACCGCACGAGUACAUAGGCCGAGUGAUUGGGCUCAGCGCCGGCAAGCUCACCGGGGCAGAGUACGCUGCUGUCCUCUCCCAGCAGACAGGCAAGACCAUGGAAGCCAGCAAGAUCUCACCAGAGGAGUAUGAGAAACGUGGCUCCCUUGGGGACAAGGCAUUGGCCGCUAUGUUCCGGUUCUAUGCCCUGAAGCCAGACCGCAACGUGGACCUGACCAUGCAACUCAACCCCAAGGCCCGCACUUUCCCUCAGUGGGUGGCAGACAACAAGGCCGCAUUCUGACCCAUCCUUCUGUCUUCUCCUGCCCGAGCUCCUGCAGCAGGUAGUGGGAACCGGCCAAGGAUGUGACCUGCGCUGAGCCACGCUGCUGUUCCACUAGUGCCCUGAAGGGCUGAGGAGAGCUUUGGCCCAGUCUGCACCCUGGGGCUCUCCUGCGCCUUGGUUGAGACUGUUCAGUGGAGCUGGAGCAAGAGAAAAGGCUGUACAGCUGCAGGCAGGUGGGGAAGUGCUACCUUUGCACGCUGUCUUCAGGGAGGUGGUUUUUUUUAGCGAUUCUGGGUGUUUUCCCGGCUGUAGGGUGGUGGUGGUUUGUUUUCCCAGGAUCACCCUCUUCCUAGCCCGCUUGGGGCUGAACGCAGGAGAAAUGCUUGGCCCCACAGGGCCUGCUCUGCAGCCACUGCAGGUGCCCCUGGCAGUCCCACAGCCAGCGCUGGCACGGGCUCUUCAGCAAACAGCACACUGUGGGCUUUCCCUGGGCUGAGGCACCGCAGGCGAGCCGGCGGGCAGAGCAGCAUGCCCAGAGAGGUGGGGCACUGCCCCAGCACCACCCUGGCAAAGGGGACUGUGCAGUGACUUCCCAUACUGCCUAACAGGAGAACUGAGCCAAUUUCCUCAAGUCGGCUCUGAUUUGUGGGCCUGACAUCUGGGCUCCUAGAGCUUUCAGUUGCUGCCCCCAUGAGCUGAGUGAAACGUUUUUGCCAGACUGCUUCCCCCAUGCCACCAUAUGCUUAAGGUGCUCCUUGGGUAGGAGCUUUGGGCUUUGGCAGUUUUGGCCCGUGCUUAAAAGUCAACUUUGUCCCCCAGAGAGGUGCUUAAGACAUCUUGCACUGUCCCCUCCCUGUCCCAGAAAAGACCUUUGUUCCUGUUACUGGAGGAGGGAAAGGGGGUGACAGAUGAGGUUGGAGGAGUAGAGAAGGCAGCAAGGCACAGCAUGUGUUAAAUAUCUUUAUGAAGUCAAUCUUAUUUACAUGAAUACAGAAUCACUUUACAGACAGUUUAAUCAGGAGGCAACACGUGCUUUAUUUCAGCAAAUUAAGAAGGGCAAGACUACGACAUGUCCUUGUUUAACUUGUCAAUUAGUAUGUGGGCUGAUGGUACCUGCACAGUAUAACUAACAGCGGGCUACAGUAACCAUGAAAAUACUCACUGCAAGAGCUCAACUCCACCUGGAAGGAGUGAUCCACUUGUAUUCUCACACAUGCAGGAACAAUAACUCUUUGACCAAUCCUUUAUGCUACAGCUGUUGUGUUAAUGUAAUAAAAUACUUUGUCCCAAA